AUGCCUCUUGAAACGUGCUCAGACGCCGGGUUUAGGGUUCGUCAAGAGUACAACCAGUGGAACCAAGGAUAUAUUAGGGACAAGCUACUAUCAUGUUGUCCCGCCCCGCCCUCAGGUGACACCCCAACCGAUGACGAAAGCGACGGCGUCGAGUCCCUGCUCUCUUCUCUGCGCGCCCUUGGGGCGAAUGACGGUUCUCCUAAGGUGAUCAAGGUAAACACGGACGAAAAUGCUCAAGUCGACCCUGUCACGCCUUUACCGCCGCACCCUGCAUAUGAAGCGAGCGCCCCCAUCCCUCAGAAUAUAUUCAAGGGCGACGACGCGGACGAGAUGCCCUUUAUCCCUUAUGCCGACGAGCCUUCGUUCAACUGGAUUCAACACGUUGAUCAAUAUGAAUCAUUUGCAUGGCAAAAUGAUCCCCCGGACCCCGAUGACCAGGCCAUUAUCAUGGAAGCCGCCCAUCGUCUCAACCGCAUUCACGGGGUUCCCUUUGACGUCAUUGAUGCGACGGGCGUGUUACCAGAGGCCUUAUUGUCUACCUCUGAAAGAACAGGUCUUAUUUCCCGGUGUUUGAGGCGUGACUUUGUAGAUUGGCCCGGAAACAGCAUCACCGACUGGAGUGUCUUUGCCACACUUUUUGUGCCUGAUGAGGAAGACACAAGGGCCCGUGUCAAGAGCGCCGUUGGUAUCUUUUGCCCAAAUCUUAACUGUGUACAACCGCUCUGCACCGUUCACUUAACCCAGAAAUCUUUGCCUCCACCUCGGAAACCAACUAUGGCUGUCAAAGAAAUACUCACUACAAUCAGCGAGGCGUGCAGCCUCGAGUGCUUCAUGCAGGAACCAUACGCAGAUUUGGAUAGCAGGCCGGAUUGGGAUGAUCAUGAGGUCGACGAUCUUCGCCUUUCUCUCGAGAUUCUUCCUGACAAUACCCCUUGUGACCUGGCUCUCUUGUGCUUCAAACCUUGCAAAGAGGUCUUUCUCUGGUGGCGCUUUCUUUAUCCGAAGAAGGUCAAGAAUGAUUCUACCAACGCCUCGCACAAAGCCCUGUUUUACGCAGAUGGAGACGCAAGUCAGUUCACUCCGAAUGAACCGUGUAAUCACAGUGGCUCGUGCACAGCGGAAACUGACUGCGCUUGCUAUCGCAAUAGUGCACAUUGCCAGAGAAACUGUAGAUGCUCAUCGAAUUGCAAGCGGCGUUGGCGAGGUUGUAGAUGCACUAAGCUACAGUGCAUGACUGAAAAAUGUACCUGUCGGGCUGAGUCUCGAGAGUGCGAUCCAGAGCUCUGUCUGCGGUGUGGGUGCAAGGAAGCGGGCGAAGGAAACUGCCGUAACUCGCAGAUCCAGCACGGACUGUGCAAGGAAAUCGAUGUCAAGGAAAGUCAAUGGGGACUAGGCGCGUUCCUCCGAGAGCCCGCUAAAACUGGAGACCUUUUAUGUGAGUAUGUCGGCGAACUCAUCUAUGAGCCGACGUUUGAAUCUCGAGGGCAUGUAUCUUCGCCCUUUGUCCUGCUGAUACGCGACCUUGCCAACUACCGCGGACGGAGUUACGUGUAUGGGCUCAACAGCUCGAUGUCAAUCGAUAGCUCGUUUGCGGGGAAUGUUUCACGCUAUAUCAAUCACGUCGAGGGCGUCGACCCUUCAGGAGCUGUACGACGUGCAAACUGCAAAGCCUUUGUUCGUCUUGUUAACGGAGAUCACCGCAUCGGCAUCUUUGCUUUAGGGGACAUUGAAGCGGGAAUAGAGCUUCUGCUGGACUAUGGCAGUGAAUUCUUCACGGACAAGAAACCUGACAAUUCCUAA